AUGCACUCUCCAGCUCAACCUGUGACGGUGAAGACCAGCAAGAUUGGAAAAUCCCCACUUGUAUUCCGAACUGGAAGAACCCAAAAUGGGUAUACGAUACCACUUAAGAAGCGUUUGGCGGCAGACAAGAAGGAAAGAAAAGAGAUGGGGUUGCGUGGAUUGGCUGGAAAGGCAAGGUCUGAGGGAACUGGUGCUGCACCACCCGCUGCUGUUCCAGUGUCUUCUGAGAAGGGGGUCAUGGAUGCUCAUGACAUGGGUGGGGAAUUUGAGCGUGUAAAAGAGAAGGACUCCACUAGGGAGAACCAAGGAGGAAAGAGAGGAAGGUGGAAAGCUUUAAGGCAAGACUUGUUGUGA